AUGGCAGACCCACUGUCCGUGGCGGGAAGCGCUGUUGGCAUCAUUUCACUUGGUAUCCAAGUCGCACAGUCUCUCUUCGAUUAUUACAAUGCAGUCAAGUCUCAACACAGCGACGUUGCGCACACAAUCCGAAAGUUGGACAGCCUGUUGGAGAUUUUAGGAUCUCUUCAGCAUCGCAUCGAUGGCCGCCGGUUUCGAGCCGAUGAACAGGACGCGGUUCGGAAAAUCGAGUCCCUGAUCAACGAGUCUGAGGAAUGCAUUCAGGAGCUACAGGAUGAGGCAGAGAAGUUCAAGCAAUGUCCUGUUGGUACCAUCCAGUCUGCCGUCAGAACGACAGCCCGCCGUGUGGCAUAUCCAUUUCGGCGGAGUACUUUGGAAAAACUUGACGAAGAUGUCGACGAUAUUGUCGACCGCUUGAAGCUGGCCCUACAAUUACUGCAACAAGAGGUUACGGGCCGUGUCCAGGAUGACGUUGAGGAUAUCAAGGCAUUACUAAAACUCGUCAAGUCUUCUCAAGACUCGUCGGGAAUACAGCAAUGGCUUAACGCGCCGGACGCCACGACCAAUUUCAAUGAAGCAUGCGCAAAAAGACAACCGCAGACUGGACUCUGGCUCGUCAAGGGUCAGAGAUUCACUGAUUGGGUGACAUCCCACCGCUCUUUCCUAUGGCUGAGAGGCUUUGCCGGGUGCGGCAAAUCUGUACUGUGUUCCACCGCAAUUCAGCAUACCUACCGGCAUCGCAGGUCUAACCCACAAAUUGGCAUUGCAUUCUUCUUCUUCACAUUCAAUGAUGAAGACAAGCAAGCUACUUCGGCUCUUCUCCGCGCUCUUGUUUCGCAAUUGUCCACUCAGGCAGUUAAGAGUACCCACCUCGCACGACUGCGUGACAGUUACCGACAGGCUGCACCGCCUGAUGAAGCGCUAUUAGGUUGCCUCCGUCAGCUCAUCGGCACAUUCCAGGACGUGUACAUACUCAUCGACGCGUUGGAUGAGAGCCCACGGGACAAGCACCGAGAGGCUGUGCUACAAUUGCUCACAGAUAUUCGUGCAUGGCAAGAGCCUCGGCUGCAUCUCUUAGUGACCAGUCGGGAUGAGGUCGAUAUCCGCGACGAGCUCGACCUAGAUCCCUCAUUAAUCAUUGAAAUGAGGAACAGCGAAGUCGAUCAAGACAUCACCGCUUUCAUUCGCCAGACUCUCCAAGACAAGCGGAAGUUUGCCAAAUGGAAGAAGCAUCAUAAUACCAUUCAAGAUGCGCUUACACAACGAGCGAAUGGAAUGUUCCGCUGGGUUGAAUGCCAAUUCAGAUCACUGGCGCGUUGCCCGCCAAAUCAGCAAUUGCUUGAACAACUUCUCCACUCACUACCAAAAUCAUUGGAUGAUACGUACGCCCGAAUGCUGGAGAAUAUCGCGCCAGAUCUGGUCGAUUACGCAAAGCAGAUGUUGACCAUUCUGUGUUGUGCUAUCAGACCACUCUCUGAUACAGAGCUUUUAGACGCUCUGGCUGUCAGGAUUGACAGCGACUGUAGUCACGACUAUAGUUACGACGCCACGAGGAGGUUCAAUGAUAUCAGUGCCCUCGAAGAAAUUUGCCCUGGCUUCAUGGAGGUGGACACCGAUUUCAAUACUCGGGAUGUCACCAUCCGGCUUGCCCAUUUCUCUGUACGGGAAUUCCUCGAGGCAAAACGAAUCCUCCAGUACGAAGCUAUUGCACUUUUCCACGUUCAGAGACAGAUAGGCCACACGCACAUGGCAGGCAUAUGCCUAGCUUCGCUACUUUACCCUCAACAAAAGGAUAACAAGGCCUUGAGCAAGGUCACUGAAGAAAGCGCAUUGCUGAGAUAUGCAGCCCGUCACUGGCCAGAGCACUUUACACAAUGCGGAUCAAAAUCUAUCAUUGAAAUGCAGUCAUGGCCAUUGUUCCAAACAACGGGUCCCUAUUUCAUGAGAUGGGUCAGAACAUGGAAUAUCGAUGAAGCAUCUGGGCGCUUUACAUAUGAAGCACCAAAACCUCUCUACUAUGUCGCAUUUCUAGGAUUGAACACCAUAGCAGCUAUGCUUCUUGGUUCACAUGAUAUGAAUUUUAACUCAGAGCUAGCACCGGGUAGUGAUUCAACCAUAUAUGUCAUCAAUAGAACAGCGGCAUCAAGAGAUCAUAUUUAUGUCUUGGAGUCAUUAUCUGAAGACAUGGAUAUCAACGUCAAUGCUGGAAGGUAUGGAACAGCACUGCAUGCAGCGGCGGCUAAUGGCCACGAAAGCACCGUGCAACUGCUUCUCGAAAAAGGUGCCGACGUCAACGAUAACAGUGAAAUGUAUAGAACAGCACUGCAUGUAGCGGCGGCUAAUGGCCACGAAAGCACCGUGCAAUUGCUUCUCGAAAAAGGUGCCGACAUUAACGCCGAGGGUAAAGUAUAUGGAACAGCAUUGCAUAUAGCGGCGGCUGAGGGCCACGAAAGCAUCGUGCAAUUGCUUCUCGAAAAAGGUGCCGACAUGAACGCCGAGGGUAAAGGGUAUGGAACCGCAUUGCAUAUAGCGGCGGCUGAGGGCCACGAAAAUAUUGUGAAACUACUUCUCGAAAAAGGUGCCAUAUAA